GGAGGCCCAAGAUGGUCAGGCUAGUCGGCGAAGUGAGACCAUAAAUGUCUGCGGGAGCUGUGAAGAAGCUUUCUUUCGAGAUAGCAGCAUCUGAGGAGGAAUCUGCGGCCCCGAUAGAACAACAAGAUGUAGCGUGCGGCCUGGAGAACUUGCCUGUGAGCUUGUGGCCUUUGGGGGCGGGGCCCAGGCCUAAACCUUUCCAGUAUACUCCCGACCAUGUAGCUGGGCCUGGAGCAGACAUCGACCCCACACAAAUAACCUUCCCUGGAUGUGCUUGCAUCGAAACUCCAUGUGCCCCUGGCUCUUGCUCCUGUCUUCGCCAUGAGAAUAACUACGAUGACAAUGUAUGCCUUAGGGACGUGGGAUCGGAAGCAAAGUACGCCAAGCCAGUGUUUGAAUGCAACGUCCUGUGCCAGUGUGGGGAGCGCUGCAGAAACAGGGUGGUCCAGCGUGGCCUACAGUUCCUUCUCCAGGUGUUCCAGACAGAAAACAAAGGCUGGGGGCUUAGGACCCUGGAAUCUAUACCGAAGGGAAGAUUCGUCUGUGAGUAUGCUGGGGAGGUGUUAGGAUUCUCUGAAGUACAAAGAAGAAUUCACCUACAAACAGCACGUGACCCAAAUUACAUCAUUGCCAUCAAGGAGCACAUUUACAGUGGUCAGGUCAUGGAAACGUUUGUCGACCCUACCUACAUAGGAAAUAUUGGGAGAUUCCUCAAUCAUUCUUGUGAGCCAAAUCUGUUGAUGAUUCCCGUCCGGAUUGACUCAAUGGUACCCAAGCUGGCGCUUUUUGCAGCCAAAGAUAUUUUGCCAGGAGAAGAACUCUCUUAUGACUAUUCAGGAAGAUUCCUUAAUCAAGUAAGCAGUAAAGACAAAGAAAGGAUAGAUUGUGGACAACCGAGAAAGCCUUGUUACUGUGGUGCCCAGUCAUGCACCACUUUCCUACCCUAUGACAGUUCACUAUAUGGCUCCUUAGAAACUCCAGGCACCGGUUAGAAAAGGAGGUCCUACCUGCCAGCCCCUUUGUGGACAGAAAUCAGAGGGAGCCAAGGAUUAAGUGAUUAAAUUCCAUCUGGGAUCGUCUCCUGCAAGCAACACACUCUCAAGGAAAGGCGACCUCAUAGUCCGCAUCUUGCUCAUCCCUGUAAGACAAGGGGUUGCCCAGCCCCGCCUCUGCCAGGUUCCCAGGAUUCAGCUCAGCAGUAUGCCCCAGACUGUAGAAUGUCCAGCAAUACACUUUCUCCCAGAAUACUUGUAUUUGUAGCUAAAUGUGGAUAAGCAGAUAUGUUGAAACAAGCAGGAUACGAGUGAAGAAGAUGAAGCCUUGGGCGUCAUCCUAGUAUUUCUUCUUCAAAACCAGAAAUCAUACUUAAUGGCUGGAGUUGGAACAGCCAUCCUAAAGCCAGGAGUACCCUGGCAAAGAGUCAUUCAGAGCAAAUCAACGAGAUAUAUGGCACUGGAGAAAGUACUGCUAGUCCUGACCUCCUGUCUCUGCACUUGUAGGUGGGGAGCCUGCAGUGUUAAGCCAUGCUGCCUCACAUCUGAGCAAACCUUAUGUAUAACUCAGCAAGACCUCAGCCUCGAUUUUCGGCUAGUUUUGCCAGCAAUAAAGCUGUUCGUCUUCAAUCUA